AUGGUGAAAUCCAAGAAGGCAUCUUCUCCCCAUUCCGCAGUAACCUCAAUGCCUUCUUCCCAAGAAGUUGCACUUCGUGUGGCUUCUUGCAAUCUUCGGGCAGACCUUGGCCUGGAGAAGUUUGACCCUACUCUUCAUAUAAUGAUUGAGUUUCUAAAGAGCCAUCCUAUUCAUAAACCCUUGACUAAAUCAGUCAAGUUUCCUUUAAGCAUCAUUCAUAUGGCAUACUGCACUGCUGUUUAUAACUCUAAGGAAGAUUACAUUGAGUUCAACAUCAAUAAAGAUCACACUACCAAACUCUGUAAGGUUGAGUUCCUGAAAGCCAUUGGCCUUCCAGAGAGCACGGAAAAAAGGACCUUAUAUGAACCCACAAAUGAAGAACUGUUCGAUGUAUUUGAUCAAAUGGGGUAUUUACCUCCAAGGCUUGAAAUGACCCCAAACUUCAAGAAAGGUAAGCUUCCAGCCAUGUGGCAAUUUCUGGGGCACAUCAUUCUGCGGUGCCUUACAGGAAAGACUGGAGGAACUGACACGCUAAGUAGGGCUUUACUUGUCUUUCUUUUUGGUCUUUACACCGGGAAAGAAGUGGACUUUGGAACCACUAUCUGGAAGGAUUUUGCUAGUUAUGUGUUUCCAAAGAAGAAGGAUAUUCCUUGUGCAAGGUUUUGGGCACUCGCACUUCAAAGGGGGUAUAAGAAGCUGAAGUUCCCAUUACCUGAAGGAGACGAGAUGUUCUCUCCUCGCGCCUUAUUGAGGUAUUCUAUCCCAGAUCAAUCUGAAUUUGGGAAGGUUGCUCGUCUCCCCGAAGCAAUGCUUCAAUAUAUUGAAAAGAACUCCAAAGUUCUCAUCAGACAUAUAGAGGAAACGGUUCCUCCACAACUGGGACACCCUAUUAAAUCCUCACAACCAGUCAGGCCCACCGAGGGACAUACUUCUAGUCCUACAAAACAAAAGAAAAAUGGCGUGAAGGUAAAGAAGACAACCAAAAGAAAAGGUGAGACCAUUCCUGCCCCUCAAGCCAAAAGAAAACCCCCAAAAUCCAUCCCAACCUCUCAAAAGGUGAAGGAUGUUGAAAAAAGAUCUACCGUUGGAUCACAAUCUCCCAUCUCUUCAUCCUCUCAAGAAUAUUGGGAUAUAACACAUACACAACCCCCUUCCUCUCAAAAGGAAGAUGGGGGUGUUGAAAAAAGUCAAGAUCAGCCCCCAGGGACACACUCACAUAUCAAAGAUCAAGGACCCCAAGGAAGACCAACACACCGAUCCUUGCAAACAGGGGGCUUUGGAGCUUCUAAUGGUGAGGCAGAGGUGAGAACAUCAGAGAAUGAGAGUGUAAGGCAAACAAGAGAGCAGAGUGAAAGAAGAAUGUUAAGAAAGGCCGAGGCAAAGAAAGAAGAGGAGCGAAAGGAAUUAGUGAGAAUGUUGUGGGAAGAGCAACAAAAGAGGGAAGAGGAAGAGUGGGCCCGGACUUCGGCCAAACUUCUUGAGCAGGCCAUGUCUUUGGGCCCCUCUACAAAUAUUGGUGAGGAAUAUGCUGAAGACAUGGAAGAGGACUUAAUGUUCACUAUUGAUGAUGGACUCAUCCAAGACUCUGAAUCACCAUCCAUCACGGAGCCAGUCAAACCUUGUAACUCUAAAGUAUUCUUGGGAACUUCAGAAACAGAAAGUGAACAUAUUAAGGAUGUCCCCAAAGGAGAGACCAACACUCUUCCUACCACCACUGUGGGGACAUCCACACCUUGCAGACGAACUAAAUGGAAGAAGAAGAAGUCCAAAUCUAUCUCCAGGGUGGGAUAUAAUUCCCUCAACCAGAAGCUAUCUGAGGUUCUAGAGGCUGUGAAGAAUAUCCCUCAAUCUGAGGAGGAAUUUAUCAGCAAGGAAGAGUUUGGGGAAAUGCAAAAGAUUGUCACAUCUUUAGCCCAGAGCGUUCCUAUUCUUGAGGCAAGGGAAGAGACCCUUUGGGAAUCAAUUAUAAACUCUACUGCGGACGCUUUGAGGGAGAUAGAGCAGAAGAGGACUGCUGACACAUUUAAAUAUUUAGAUCUAAUGGAUGAGAUGGAGAAAAUGGUGAAGGAAAUUCAACAGUCGUAUGAUGACCUCAGCAACACCAUGGGCCUCCAACAUGGACAUGUGAUUGUCCGUAUAAGUGAGCAGCUCUGCGACUAUCGCAACAAAAAUAUAAUUCUUCAGGCUGUUUUGGUUAAAGUAAUGCAGUCUGCACAGCAACUGCCAAGACCCUGCAACGUAAGAUUUGAUGAAGUCCUCUUUGCCAUGCAGAAAGUUCAAAGUUCUGUGGAUGUACUUCCAAAGACUCUAUGCAAUGAUGAGCUAAGCAAACAGGUUCAACAAUCGUUCUUAAAAGUGUUUGAGCUUAUAGAUGACUUAAAAGGUUCAAGGGUAGAGGAUGAAGCUGGAUUUUCCUCAACAAAAUGGGGAGAAGAUAAUAACGUGGUGAUAACAGAAACUUCUGAGGAAACACAUCCUCCUCCUCCUCCUCAAGCAGAUGAGGUAUCCAAACCUCAACCACCUUCAAAGAUCUCAAUUCCUCCCAUUUCAUUUAUCAUUCCUCCUGCCCAAAUAGCUCCGGAGUUUAUUGAAACCACCAAAAUUCCCCUCACAGAUAAAGUCAAAAUGCCUUUUGAGGUUCCUGAAAUGAGUCUUUUGAAGACCUUUCCGGUGUCCAAGGAAGGGAAGAAGCAAACGGAGUUGGAACAUGAACUCCUUGCCAAGCAGAUACAUGAGGAUCAGCAACACGCUUUAUCUCCUUUGAUAUAUGUAUCUUCUCGGCUGCUGAGAUUGGAAGAUAUUCAACAUGAUAUUUUGAUUGUGCAAUCAUAUAAAAGGUCAUAGGUAUAUGGAUGGAAUUGAUAAGGAAAAACUGCAAAGGAUCAUAAUGUUUUGAAAAUGAGGAAAGAAAGGAGGCUUAUAAUUAUAUGAAUCAGAAUCAGAACAAGUUUCUUUUGGCACAUAUAUAUUUAAGAGCAUCAUGUUCGUGUUCAGGUUGCAAUCAAGAAAAGAUGAAGAAAAAUGUAUUAUGUAUGAGAAUGUAUGAAUUUGCACCAAGUUAAGUCCCUGUGGAAAUUGAAUCAUCUCAACAUCAUAAAGCUCAAGGACAUUGUCGGGGAAUUCUUCAUAUUUGAAUCCAUGGUAUUCUUUAUAUAUUAAAUUAAAACUAUGAUGAUUAAAAAAUAUUUUAUCUUGAAUCUUGUAUUAAGGCUUAGCUUUUUAGAGGGCAAGCAAUAUGUUGUCUUUUUUGCAAAUAGAACCAUGC